AUGGAGCGACCGGCGCCCGACCCAAUUCUUCUGCGUGGCCCACGGCGGCCAAACAACGGGUCUGCGCCUGUACCCACACAUCGUGCGUACACUGACGUGCUAGAGGAGAAUCACACACUGAAGGAGGAGCUUCACCUCGCGCAGGAGCGCAUCAACACGCUCGAGGACACAUUGUCAGAGCUGCUGCUGAAGGGGGCGCUACCACGCUACGCGUUGUUUCUGCCGCCGUACUUUAUCGAGCAACACAGGGACAUACUCGCGGCGAUUGACGUGUACGGGGAUCAGUACCGCGAGGCGGUCAAGCGUGGUCUCCUGCAUACACAGUAG